AUGCAGAUGAAACUCAUACUAAUGGCACUGUGUGCAGUGGUGUCCUCUGUCAAACAACCACUGAGCACUGAGCUGGAUGGCAUCUGGGAGGAGUGGAAAACCCAACACAGCAAACAGUAUUCCAAGGUGGAUGAGGGCUUCAGAAGGAUGAUCUGGGAGACAAACCAACGCCUCAUCCGUCAACACAACCUGGAGGCAGAAAUAGGAAAGCACACCUUCACCCUGGGAAUUAACCAAUUUGGAGACAUGGGUUCUUGUGGAUCUUGCUAUGCAUUUGCUGCCGUCGGAGCCCUGGAGGGCCAGUUGUUCAAGCAGACAGGCACACUGUUGCCUCUGAGUGAGCAGAACCUGGUGGACUGCAGUGGAGACUAUCACGAUAAUGGCUGUGACGGUGGCUUGGCCAUGAGGUGUUUUAGUUACGUCUCAGAUCAUGGGAUUAUGUCCGAGAGGAAAUAUCCUUACACUGCAGAGGUGGGCCCUUGUGAAUACCAGAAUGCAACAAAGGAAGCCUGGUGCAAGGGCUUCAACAGAGUUCCUUCUCUGGAUGAAAAAGUGUUUCGAGACACUUUGUAUGAGGUUGGCCCUAUCGCUGUGUCUGUGAACGGCACACAUCCCUCCUUCAAGUUCUACAAAGAUGGAGUCCUCUACGAGCCAGACUGUUCAACAAGAACUAACCAUGCCGUACUGGCUGUCGGGUAUGGUAGUUCUUACCUGGACUACUGGAUUGUGAAAAACAGCUGGGGUACUGGUUGGGGAAGAAACGGGUACAUUCUCAUGGCCAGAGGAUACAACCAGUGUGGUAUUGCCAGACGCCCAGUCUACCCUAUUAUGUGA